AUGUCAACCCGGUGCCGACGGCCAAUGCCCGUUCCAAAAACAGAGUUGGCUUUACAGCUUGUCCCUGCGAGAAGAAAAGCUCUCCUCCGAGCGAAAUCUUGUUCUAAGAAAACACUGAAGUUAACGCACUCUGACCGGGUUAUAAACGGGGAUUUGACUCCUUACCUCACUUUUUUCUUCAAUCUGACUGGACUGAGAAAUUAUUUCAAUUACAUUCCGACUUAUUACGAAGAGUGGCUUUUCAAAAAUGGACGGAUGCUUAAUGUGGGGAAGAAAACGUUUAAUGACAGUAAACGUGUGGAGAUGGCAUUGGUGGAAGAUUUUAUGCAGUCUGUAACUCCACUGGUCCAGACAAUCAUUAAUAAUAGCUAUAAAUGUUUCUUUUUUAACGGCCAACUCGACUUGACUGUUCCGUUUCCGAUGACGUCCGAGUUUUUAUCAAAAAUGGAUUGGUUAGCGAAGGAUUCAUUCAUGCAUUCCGCCCAAUGGAUUUGGUACUCGCAGGGAGAGUCGAGGGUGGUAAAUGGAUGUGUGCGCAAUUAUCUAAAUGCGUACCAGGUUGUCGUCAGGAGUGCUGGAUAUAUGGUUCCCGCAAAUCAACCCCAGGAUGCUUUGGAAAUGAUUGAUAAUUUCAUUUACGGCUUGGAAUUUUAA